AUGAACUACAAUUUGAAGUCGACCCAAACUCGCCCGAUAACAACAAGUGCGUAUCUCACUGAGAGUCUCGAUCGACAUCGUGAGAUGGAAGCAUCUCGAUUGAAGGAGUAUUUGAGGGCUAAAGAAAGUGAUGCUAAUAAGCCGUGGAAUAAACCUGAUUGGCCUGCUUCAAAGGUAUCACAAUGA